CACGAAAAACUAAUGGAAAUAUGUUUCCUUUUUGUGGGUUUUGGGGUUUCCUUUUUGAGACUGCCAAGUUUUUGUCACAUGGCCGCGGGCGAUUUUGAACUUGUUCCACUUUGGCAGCGGGAAUUUGUGGGGGCAGCUUUAUCUCCGCAUUCAUCUGUCUAUCGGCGCUAUUCUCUUGCUCUCGCCUAACUUCUCCUAUUCUGCCCCUAACGCCCAGAUAAAACGCGAAAUAUUCUUUUUUUGGCCCACAGUGUUUUCCUUUUGGCUUGCCAGCUGUGUGCUCAAUUCAAAAAAAAAAAAAAAAGAGAAUAAAAAAACCUGAUGGAGCUAGAGAUGCUGGAAUAACAGUGGUUACUCGAGCAGCUUGCUCCAGUUCUUGAAGUGGACUCCAAAACGAGUUUUUCGGCACUUGCCCAGCCGCCUGCCACCGCUAAUCCCCGCUUCGCAUACGUAAAUCAUUUGGGUUGAGUUAGGCCUGGUUUUCAGAUAGUUGUUUAACGAAAAAUAAACACGAUCCAUAGGCCUAAUACCAAGGUUUUCCAGCGAGUAUAUUCUUUAUGACCGCAUAAAAUCCGUUAUUAUAUCUUUGACAUGUUCCUAACUGGUAAUAAAUUUCCGUGCAUAUCCCCACAUCUACAGCUAAUUGACCAAUCUUAAACAACGAUUUCGUUGGAGGCUGAAAAAGAAUCGUAAAAAUAAAUCACUUUGGCUGGCUAUAUCUUGAAUGUUUAUAGCUUUAGAAAUUACAUUUGGAAACGCAGGAACUUUAGUUCAAUUAAGUUCAACAUCAUAAUGAUUUUGCAUCUUCUAAUAAAAAAAGUUUUUUAGAAACUUUUUUGGUUUUAAAUUGAAUGAGUCUGUUUUUCAUCAGGUCUUUUCCUAAGCAUUUCCAAUCUUAAAGAGAUGGCUUGCACAGUGUUUGUUUUCCCUGUUUUCUAUUCCCGCUGACGGAUUUCGACGGAUAAAUUGAAUUACCAUGUUGCCUGCGCCACACGCAAUGCAGCUGGCAGGUCCGGCUUUAGCUUUUUGUGAUAUAGCACCGCUAGGGGGAAAGUCAUCGAUGCAUUGCCAGUACUACCAGAAUACCCUCCUCGUCAUUACCUUUUGGUUUUCCAGCGAUGCAUUCCUUGGAUCUUUUGUUGUGCAACGUGAAAACGUGUUCGAAUCACCUGGGCCACAUGCUGGGCGAAGUAAGACGCGGCAUGAACAGUUCAAGUCAAUAUUGUAGCACCUUGAGCUUGUAAACUUUUCAAAUUAUUAAAUGGAUAAAAAUUGCUCUUAAUUUGUUCAACUAACUAAUAAAAAGAAAAUUAAAUUUUCUGAAUACUAACAGAUAUUCGUAAUAUUCAUGUUGGUAUUAACCUUUUAAUGCUAUUAUUGUGACCCCCGCUGUGCGAAGGUGGAUGGAUGAAUGACACACGCGACAAGUAGCCAAGCGCAUCUGGCGGGCAGUUGGGUAUACGAUUUCUGGGGGCCAAGGGGACUGGGACUGGGGCAACCCUUCAAUGCCGCCUAGACAAACCCUCGGCACGUCUCGGGUCUCCGAUUUCAUGACUAAUUAUACGGGAACGCAUGUGCCAACGGGUAAGGCGAGAAGGUUAAGCGCCCAUGCCCUCUGCCCGCCCGUUUCCUUCACAAAGUUAUGCGGAUUAUAUUUAUGUUCUUCACUGUAUUUUACUUGCAAUUCUUCUGUAUGUUCGCAAUGUUCUCUGAGGCCAAUUUCUGUGCUGCCUUUUCGUUGGCUUUUCGGCCUUUUGACCAUUAAUGAAGUAAUGGAAGUCUCCCUCCGCAGACUGUGGAAAUCAAGGGAGUUCGUUAUUUGGUUUCAUGCAUAAAAUAGCUGCACAUAAGUGCAGGCUGCAACUGCAGCAUGAAAUGAUGAUGAAAAUUUCAUGAAUUUGCAACGGACCAAAGGAGCGGUGUGGCGGCGUAUCCUCAUCCCUUUUGGCCCAGUUGUGGGAUGAAAUGCAAUUUUGCGCUGCUAGUUUUUUGAGUGCCACAAACAAACGAACACAUGUGCUGCAGCGGCAGCAUACCAACACUUUUCCGUUUUAAUAGGUGUAAAGGCCUUAAGUUUAUAAAAUUAUGAUACUCAGCAAGUGUGUCUUGGGCACUGCGAGAAUAUCUAGUGAGGUUAUCAACGAAAGUGCUUCCAAAACUUUGAUUUACGGGGAAACAAUUGUUUAUUUUAUGUUCCCUAAUUUCCAAUCUAACGUGCAAUCAGGGAAUUUAUUUGGUAAUUUCCAAACAGUAUUUAUUGCAUUAGACUGGCGUUCCAGCUUUUUGCAGUGCAAAAUCAGUUGCCUUGGCAAGCUGUUGCAUAAAUCAACUUCACCUGUGAGCACGAGUGUUUGUUUUCCCGGGUGCAACGGGUGCGUGUGUUUGUAUUUUAGAUAACUCAGCGUUAAGCGCCCGCUCGAAACUAUGUCAAGCCCUCCCAGACACACACACACACACACACAAACCACCGCACAGCACAGCACAGCAGCACUAAUGCCGGCAUUAACCCACAGCUGCUGCACCUGAAGAGGGGGCUUUGGAUGCUGCCAGCCCAGCCGGGUGCCAUCAUCGUGUGUGCUCUAUAAAAUAUUUGUUUAAACUUGCCAUCGCACUCCCCCCGGCAGCCAGCAACGCCCACAUUUUCUGCAUUUUCUGGUGUUGAUAAGCACACUUUGCCCGCCGGCCACUUGAGGCAGCGCAACGGGUAAUCACAACUUAAAUGAGUAGUUUAAUUUUGUUCAAGUGCAUCAAGAUUCAUCUCGUGCGUCUGAACGAAAACAUAAACAGUGGUAGUCGUUGGCUCCCAAAGCCAAAACAAUCAUAAAAUUGGUCUAGAGUCUAGACAGUUUCAUAUUAAAUCUUGAUAGUUCGAUUGGGAUAUCAUCCAUUCUCUGCAAUAAAUUCAGAUUUAUCUAAGGAUGAAUAAAUAAAUUCCCUAUAAAUAUUCUUGAUAUUUAUUAUAUAAAGUUUAGAGGAAACACUCUUUAAAGAAAUUUUCCUCAGUGCUUGGCAAAGGUAGAAGAAUCUUUGAUGUUUUUCCCCAUUCUUUUCAACGAAGAUAUGGAGUCAGAGACCUGCUUUAUGACCUGGCCGAGUGGCAAGUUGCGUUCCCCGCUAGAAUUGCUGUUUAUUGUAUUCCUCUAAAUUGUUGUUUAUGUCUGCAUUCUGACAGCAACUGCAACUGCAGCUGCAGCUGCAACAUUAGCAGCAGAGGCAGUAGCAGCAGCAGCAGCAACAUCAGCACAGCGACUCGUCAACAACCUGACAAUUUGUUCACGUCUCCCGUCGUCGUCUGAUGGCAAAGUGUGGCCGUUGUUGUCUGUUUCAGACAGUUUGCUGUAGUGGCAGGCAGCAAUAAAAGUGCUAAAAAGUUUCAUGCCCCCAGACUGCAUCCUGUGCCAAAGUCCUGCCGUUGCUGCUGCCGCUGCCGCUGAUGUUUAAGUUCCUGGUGCCCACAGAACAUUUUUUAAUCUUUUAAAACUGAGCUGCAUUGUUGUUCUGCGCUGGCUGUUGUGUGCUGCAUUUGAAGUUGAGGAAAGGAGCGGAAGAAUGCCGGAGAGAAUGGCGCAGUCCAUCCCUAAGAACCGGCUGAAUCCCAGUCCCCGGUUGUGUCCUUGCAUAAUUCUCAAGCCUAAUGAGAGCAUUAUAACUUUGUGACAAACUUUGCCGAGGCUCCGAAGUUGCAAGAGCGGGCUAAAGUACAAAAAAAUAGUAGCUGCCACUGAUGCUAAUGAGGAAAGGGGUUUUUUUUAUCACAAAUUGUAUUCAUUAAAUAUGAUGUACAGCUUAAAUUCUCUCCAACAGGCAACACAGGACACUAAAAAAAUGUUGUGCUGCCUUGAAACGGAUUUAUGUUGUCUAAUAUCUAUAGCAAACAAAAUAUUUUAUAAAAUUCCCAAGCAAACAAUAAUAAUAAUAUUUUGAGGAAUACGAAAGCAAGUAUGUAUUAUGAUUUCCAAAUUAAAUUUUUUGAGCGCAUUUCAAGUUCGUUUAAUGGCAUUCUUAGUUAGUUGAAGAAUUUGUUUUGUUUUCUUUUUUGCUUCCCUCUUGUUUUGCUUGCUCUUCUGCUUAUCUUUCGUUUCAUUCAUAAUUUCUGCCGCAUAUGUAACCGUGGGGGUUGCUCCGAGUGUUGCAGGAUGUACCUGAUGUGUCCCUUGGGGGUGUAACGUGGAGGUGGGUGUUGCAAGGCGGUGGGUGGGUGGCUGUUUUGGGGAGGCGAUGGGGAGGGAACUUUGUCGCGUUGUCAAGCCUUUGUGGCUGUUUUCUAUUUAUGUUAUGUUAUGUUACUGCUACCUGACUGGGACUCCCUGACUUUUCCCACCAUGUCUGAUGUCUGGCCGGGUCUGUAUACCACCCACUUGGGCCCACCCACUUCUUCCGCACGUUGCCACCACCUAGAAUGUCUGCACACGUACACAGAAAUGACAUCAGUGGCAGCCCGAAGCUCAGACUGCAUCGUUGAGUAGGAAAUUAAAUACUUCAGUCGGAAGUUCGAGGAAAUUUCCGUUUUUGCCUCGUUUCCAACCGAAAGUCUGUUAAAAUUUACCUUCGCUUCCUUAAGCCGGGGAAUAUUCGAUGAAAAUCGCACAGCAAUUUGUAUAGUUAUUUAAAUUGCAUAUUUGGCUAAAUUCCUAUAAAUUCAUGACCCACCAGAGACUUUCACCAACGGGUGCACUAUCUGCCAUGCAUUUCUCUGUUUCUCAACCCCCCCAUUUUUAUUAUCGCCCAUUCAAUUAGUCUGGCUCUAAUGACAUUUAGCCCGGCUCCCAUGAUAAUCCCCCAUGGUCAGCUUCUGUUUCAGUUGCUGCACUUUUGCCCCAAUUUCCUUCGUUAACCCUCCCCUGUUUUUCCACAUCUGCGUUGCACUGCGCCAAAAAUGCAAUGGAACGAUAUAAAAGGCAACAAGGCUUUGCAGCCUCAUUUCGAUUUUUUUUUUGCCACUCAGUUUUUACACGGUACUCGGAAACCAGGGUAUGAUGUGUUUUAGAUUGGAAAGAGUAAUAUAUUCCUGGACUGAUAAAGAUAAAGAAUUUGAAAUGUAUUAAGUUUGCUGGGAAGAAUUAUUGAUUUAUUUAUAAUUGAUUUUAUUAUAAAAAUGGAAAUUAAUGUAUUCUAAUAACAGGUAUAUCGUAGCCUAAGCACGUAAACUGUAUAGGGUUUUUCUUGUUUUUUUGGACACCCCUUUGUUGGCUGUUCAGUUGUUGUUGCGUGUAACACUUUUGCAGCUCCCCAUCGCCGCCCCCUCCUCGCAACAAAUGUCACACGAAUGUGGAGCACGUCAUGUGUUUAUGCAUGCAAAUGCAGCCAACACGUUCAGAGUGAAAGAGAAGAAUGUUUUUUCUCCGAUUCUCGAUCGCGAUUGUGCCCACAUGCCGAGUUGUAUAAGAAAUUUUGGUGUAGAGGGAGUGCGACAUUACAUUUUCGAUAAUUUGUCUUGUUGAUUUCAAUGUCUGAUAAGUUCCCGACUAGCGAGAGAAAACAUAUUUUUUCAUGUUUUAGGCCAACGUGAAAAAUGAAAAAUGUUUAAAGAAAGAUUGUUGUUAAACUAGCACAUUUUUUAAAUCUACUCAGCAGAGAAUUUGUAGUAACAAAUAAGAAAACAUAUACCGUGUAAUUUUUAUUAUUGCUACUUUUAUUAUUGCUUUGAAUUUAGUAGAUAUUUUUAAGUACAUCCCUUUUUCAAAAACUAAGUUCUAAAUAGGAAAAACGAGGUAGCAAACAUCACGUUUCCUUUUCAAACAAUCCAAGACACUGUGUGUCAAUCUAAAAACGAAAGCGAUAGGGAACGAACACUAAAGACCUGGAACAACGUGUGCGAUAAACGGACACUCCUCCUCCACAGACCAUUAACUGCACUCUAUCGAUAUUCGUUUGUACAUUUCACUUUUUGGGUUUUGGGGUCAGCUAACGACUCUCGGGCGUUUAAAUUUUGUGUUGUCCGAUAAGAGACCGCAUCUGGUGCCGCUUCUGUUACAACGGCUGCGUUGGGGCUUAAUGGCUUAUCAGCCGGUGGGUUGAAAUACCGCUUCGCUUCACCCUCCUGCCGCCUUUCGAUUCCAUCACAUAACUUUUAGUGUCGAAAUCCCGCGCUUGACCCAAUUGGAAGUGCGACGAGGGACCCACACAUGAGAAAUGAGCUGCCAAAGGCUACAAGAUUCCGAGUUGGGGAAAAACUUUGAGUAAUUGCUGCAUUCAACUCGUAACUCCACCUCUCAUUGUAGAGACUUUCGAGGUAGAUCCAAAUAUAGUUUCCAUUUAACAACUUCCAAUGCCACCUUGGAGUCUAAAUACUAAAACUAUAGUUUCUUAUAAAGUAUAUAAAACAAACAAUGUUAUUAUUUAAAUUAGUUCUUUUUAUAAAGACUGUGUUAGUAAACAAUUUUUACCACCGAUUUCCAAUCUAAUCUUAGCUAAAAAGAUUAGUAAUCAGCUAGAAAACAGUAUAUUAACCGACCGAAUAACUUAUGUAUAUUUAGUCAAAUUUCAUCAAAAUGCCAUUCAACCCAAACUUCUUAACAUAAUAAAACGAAAGGUUACAACAAUUAGCAGGUUAAACCGGAACCGGAUAUUCCGGCCGAUUAUGGAUUAUUUCCACAAGCAUGGCUCUGCUAAUUUCUGGAUUAUGUAUUUAAUUUGUUCAUCUACUUUGCCUUGCCCCACAUUGAAUUAAACUCUCUCUAUGGCAGUUGCGUGUGGCAUUGAGUUCGAAACGAAGCGUCAGGAUUCAGGAUACGGACGCUAAUGCCCCAUUGUGUGGGGCAACUGGCUGUUGCUGUCGUCAUGGCCAUCGACAGUCGGCGACCGACGACGGCGUUGGUAACAGCGACUUGACUGGGCUUUGCCUCCACUUAACUGGUCACUGGCGGCUUUUUAGCCUUUUUAGCCAACUGCUGACGUCGCGGACGGCGGGCCAACAAAAGCGUGUAAAUAUUGCCACCUCGCCGCGUCGUCCUGGCGCCGCAUCGCCAUUUCCCGUAUACCGUAGCGCUGUAAUUUGCCACGUCCUUCGCUCUUGGUCCUUGUGGGUGUUGUUUGCUGCCAUCUAAUCGCGAACAAAUAUUGUUUUAAUAUUGCAGCGAGCGCCACAUUGAAGCUUUCUUCAACUAGUCACUCCCACUUCCCAUUCCGCUGCCGUCAGCUUAACCUGCAAUUAAGUUUCUUGGUGGCUAUGAAAAGGCAACUCGUGUUAUUGUUGACGAAAAUUACGCUUGUUUGUACUACCAACAAUUGUAACUAUAACAUGUUCCGUUGACUUAAAAGGAAGAAAGGUUGAGAGGACGAUAACAAUUGUGGGUUCUGUUACUGGCACCAUUUAGUCGAUGUUGAUAAAAACGUUACUACAUUUUUUCACUGAACUGGGAUGUGUGUGCUUUUAAUAGGGAAUUUUUGAAAAAAUAGCAGUAGCAAUUUUAUUUUUAUUGACUCUGUAUGACAGCUGGCAAAAACAUUGAAAAAACGUAUAUAAUUAAAGUCUCAAAGCUUUUUGCUGCCCUGAUUAUUAUAGAAUUUAAAUUUUUUAGUGCAUAAAAUACUUUAGUAUUUUUCAACCAAUUUAAUUCCGCAGGGAUAGCCUUAAAACGUCAUCUAUGGCAUGUUUGACCGUCACGAAUUUUAUUCCUGGCGCUCUCGGCGUGUCAAAUCCACAUUUUUCUUCUCCAGCUCGAUACCGUCAUCGUUCGGCACAUUCCACGCCUCCUUUUUGCUAACUUGUUUUCCGCUUUUUCUUCACUUUUUUUCUGGAUUCUCUUGCCCGUUUUUGGUGUCCUGGCACGCAAUGAACUCCGUCUCUGAACUUUCCCCGCCUUAAUCCUUGCUUCCUUAUUUUUUGUUGCCAUUCCCGCUGUUGUUUCUCACACGGUAAUUAGAUUUCUGGGUUAUUUCUUGUUGUUUGCGAAUUCAUCCCGGCCCUUUGACAGCGCUUGUUUAUUUAGCGAACUAAUUACGUGUCCUUGGAUUGCCGCCCGUUAAAUCCACACAAUCCCUUUGCUCUCCGUCUUGUUGAUAAUAAAAAUCAUAACUUUUAACUUCUAGCCACAUACAAAUAUUUCAUUAAAAUAAACGCGAAUAAGCCACAGGAUGUCUGUCGGUUUGCAUGGCAUCCCGCGACCGCAGGCGUCUGAGGAGGUGGGAACCCAUUAAAGUAAUGAGCUCAUCUCGUGAUGUUGUAAUACGCCCCAUUUCCCUCUCCUCCCCCUUGUGAACCCAGCCUUUUUGCUGUUUGCUUUCCGUUUGGGAUCCACCGCCUCGCGGAGGUUGACAAACCCAAACCGCAGAACACACUCGCACAUCAUUGGAGGCAACACCAACUGUUAUGCGUUCUGAUCACGCAGCGCUUCCGGUUCCCCUACAGUAUCCUCCUAUCAGACAGCCUCUUUUUUAUGCCCUGACAUAUGGUAUUGUCAUCAGGAGGUGACGAAUGUCAUUGGGAGAUUUUAUUUGGUUCCUAAUAAAGUGAGUAGCUCUGGUUUUGUCACAUUCGUAAUAUGGCUUGCUUUCUAUUUUUAAAUUUAAACAUGACAUUUUAAAAUAAUAAUGUAACUAUGUGUUGAACAUUAGUGAUAACGUGAGUGUUAUUGUUGGUUGUCGAACAUUUCUGCUUCGGUUUGCUCCUUUUCUAGCUCUACUUGUUAUACCCUUGCAAAGCAAAGGGUAUUCUACUUUCAGUCCGAAGUUUGCAACGCAGGAAAGGAGCAUUCUGAAUCAGCAUCACGAUAUGAAUCGAAAUACGUCUGUACGACUGUCCGUCUCUCUGUUUCUAUAUAAACUAGUUUCUCAGUUUUAAAGCUAUCUUGAUAAAACUUUCCCAAGUAUGUAUAUAAGUCGGAAAGGUCCGGAACGGCUGACUAUAUCGGAUAGCUCCAAUACAAGAGAAUGAAAUAAAAAAUUCUCACGCCGUAGUUUUUGAUCAGAUGCUUUUGCUAGGAUCGUAAAGGAUGAGGGAGUUCUCGCACUCUGGGGAGGAGUGCUUUUAAAGUUGGCAAUAUGGGGUUAGGGAAUUGCAAUUAUUACACAAAGGAAUUACCAAUGAAAGCAGGCUUACCACCCAGAUCUUUUUUGUCAUAGCGUCAGUGUUAACCUAUUAAAACCUAAAACCUAUCAAAAAAUUCGUUUUGGCUGUUUAUCUGUUUCAAAAAUUAUUCUUUUUUUUUGGCUUAUUGUUUUGGUGCGUAUUUCCGCUAUGCCUUUCAAUGUUAAUAAGAAGCACAUGCCGCGCUAUGUGCAUUCCAUCAACUUUGGCGUGUCCGCAACGAUGGCAGCCUUCGUUUUGCAUCCGGUGGACUUGGUCAAGGUCCGAAUGCAGCAGACCACCAAGGGCGAGUUCAAGAGCUCCCUGGAUUUACUGGUGAAGGUGGUCAAAAACGAAGGCAUCCGGGCCUUGUACAAAGGACUGAGUGCCGGAUUGAUACGACAGAUGACGUACACGACGAUUCGAGAAGGAUUUUUCGAUUGGGGGUGCCUCUAUCACCGCAAGCUGUACAACCGUCGUGCGCCUUUUUAUUUAAGGAUGGGAAUUUGCAUUUUAGGGGCAGGUAUUGGAGCCUUGAUUGCAACCCCGACGGAGGUGGCCAUGAUCCGAAUGAUGUCCGAUAAUCGGUUGCCGCCGGAGGAGAGGCGCAACUACAAAAAUUUAGUUGAUGCUUUUGCUAGGAUCGCAAAGGAAGAGGGAGUGCUCGCCCUCUGGCGAGGAUGCAUCCCCACCAUGGGUCGUGCCAUGCUGUUCGGUGUGGUGCAUUACGCUUCCUACUACCCGCUAACAGACUUUUGCAGCAAUUACCACUGUUUUGGUCUGCCGGCCUACCUUUCGGUCAAGCUGAUAAUCGCCCUGAUGUUCUCCAUGGUUGUAAUGCCCCUCGAUAUGGCCAAAACGCUAAUCCAGCAGCAGAAAACGGCCGAGUACAAGGGCACCUUCGAUGUCCUGAUGAAGAUGUCCAAGAACGAGGGUGUUUUUGCUCUGUGGAGGGGCUUCACACCCUACCUUGCUCGUAAAGGUCCACACAACGUGCUCUUAAUAUUAAUUUACUAUCGCCUCAAACGUAUCUACGAACGUAAUGUGCUCGGUGACGACUAACAAAUAAGGAUGAAGGAGUGCUCGCCCUCUGGCGAGGUUGCAUGCCCACCGUGGGGCGUUCCAUGGUGGUCUACAUGUUGGAAUUCGGUUCCUAAUCCCUGUUAAAGGGCUUAAGCUCCGAAUACUUUUCUGGUCAGUCGCUCCAAAUUUCGGCCGCGAUGUUGACCAGCGUGUUGAUCACCAUGGCCUCAACGUCCCUCGGUAUGGCCAAAACGAGAAUUCAGCAGCAGAAGACGGGCGAGUGCAAGGGCACCUUCGAUGUCCUGAUGAAUAUGAGGUUACGGAAUUACAAUAUUUCUAAACUUGUUGCUAUAUUCUUACUACGAGAAUCAAAUUUCCGUCCAUGUACAAAUUUCUUUUCCUCUGGGUGCUAUAUUUAUCCGUAAUAAAAAUAUAUUAAACUGCAAA